AGCCGUGCCGGGCCGAGCCGAGCCGAGCCGCGCUCGCCAUGGCCAUCGCGCACAUCGCCACCGAGUACGUCUUCUCCGACUUCUUGCUGAAGGAGCCGCCGGACACGCGCUACAAGGGGCUGCGGCUGGAGCUGGCGCUGGACAAGAUGGUCACCUGCAUCGCCGUGGGGCUGCCGCUGCUCCUCAUCUCCCUCGCCUUCGCUCAGGAGAUCUCCAUCGGUGCUCAGAUAAGCUGUUUCGCUCCCAGCUCCUUCUCCUGGCGACAAGCUGCUUACGUGGACUCCUACUGCUGGGCAGCUGUGCAGCAGAAGCAACCAUCCCAGAACAACUUAGAAAACAUUCCCCUGUGGCUGCAUAAAUUCUUCCCAUACAUCCUUCUGCUCGUUGCUAUCCUGCUGUAUCUGCCAGGUUUGUACUGGCGCUUCACUGCAGCACCUCACCUUUCUUCUGAUCUGAAGUUCAUUAUGGAAGAGCUUGACAAAGCCUAUAACAGGGCAAUCAAAGCUGCUAACAGCAUCCGCAGUGGAGACCCCAGGGACCCUACUGACUUGGUUCCAGCUGUUAAUGAGAACAUGACACAGAGUUUGUGGGAAAUAUCUGAAAGCCACUUUAAAUACCCAAUUGUGGAGCAGUACCUGAAGACGAAGAAGAAUUCCAGAUGCCUCAUAAUUAAAUACAUUAUCUGCCGUUUACUCACUCUAGUAAUUAUUUUCAUUGCAUGCCUCUACCUGAGCUACUACAUUAGCCUCUCCUCUUUGAGUGAUGAGUUUCUCUGCACUAUCAAAACUGGGAUCUUAAAGAAUGACACAACUGUUCCAGAAGUGGUUCAGUGCAAGCUUAUUGCUGUUGGUGUCUUCAGGGUACUCAGCUAUAUUAACCUGCUAGUCUAUCUUCUGGUGAUGCCGCUGGUAGUUUAUGCAAUGUUUGUUCCAUGGAGGUGGAAUUCAGGCAUUCUCAAAGUGUAUGAAAUCCUGCCGACUUUCGAUGUUCUGAAACUCAAGUCAAAGUGUUUUGAUGACUUAAGCCUUUACCUCCUCUUUCUUGAGGAAAACGUGAGUGAACUUAAAUCUUUUAAGUGCCUCAAAGUGCUGGAGAACAUUGCAGUUUCUGAGAAGUUUGAUGUCAUGCAACUUUUGGUGAACCUUGGUACUAUUAAGACAGAUACUGUGGAUGGGAAGCCAGGGACAGCUGUGUUGGAGAAGCCUGAAGAAACAAUUACAGAAGAGUUGGAAAAUAAUGCAACAGAGCUACAAGUUUUGACAGACCGUGAUGCAAGUGGCAAUGUGAGUCCGAGAGAAGAUAAGAAGCUUCGCCAAAGACUCAUAGACUCUUCAUGCUGAUGCUUCCCUGCUGCAGCAGGCAGGACUUUGGUACCACAAGAGGGUUUCUCCUCCACCCACACUGCACUCAACACAAGUUGCUGCUCUUUGAGUGCAACUGUCUUGAUAGUCUGACAGUUCCUCAGAGGCCAAACUGGUUUACAGGAUACUUGUCUAAUAAUCAGCAGUUAUGUACCUGAAAAAGCAUGUUGUAUUUUUUUGUUAUUUAUUUAAAAAAAACCCACAAAACCAAACCCCAAUCAAAACCACACACAAGGAACAGCAAGAACAACAACAAAAAAGAGAUGGCCACAUUGCAUUCUGAAGUGUUGCUCUGCUGGGAGUGGCCAUCUAGCUUCUGGGGUUUUUGUGAGGCAUCUUGGGGUUCUCUGCCCUGGCAAAGCAGGACAGGGCUUUUUAAUGAGUCUGGUUAAUCUGCACCAGGUGGUGGCUGGCCACUGGUGUUGGCUGUGUCUUCACGGGAAAGACAGAGAUUGCUCUGUUCAACCUGUGGUGUCUUGGUUAGCCUUCUCAACAUUGAUGUCUGGGAUUAAUUACUUGGCACUGAUGGAAAAGAAGGUACAAAGCAGGCUUAUUAUAAUGGGGUACUGUAAAUGUUAGGGAUUUUUAAUUUUCUAUGUAUUCAUAAAUUAAUAAUGUCUUAACACUUUUUUUACAAAAUGUAAUUAUAUGUAAGCUAAAUGUUACUUUAAUUUCCGUUUCUCAGUUGUUUUGGUCUUAAAGACUUAACAAACCCACCUUGCAAUCUGGAUUGAAUAUCAGUGAAGUUGGUUCCAUUUUUGUAAUGGUUUGUGGAAGUUGCUUUGUGAUGUUUGUAUGGGUGAAAUUUGUUUCAAGAUGGUUGUAGUAUCAAAAUGAAAUAUAGUUGUCCUGCUUUCCAAACCCCAGUUGAGAAGACAGUCUUACCUGUGUUACAGUAGCACCUGAGUGCCUCAGCAGAGGCAAGCACCUGAUAGCUGAAGUGAGGUAGCUGUAAAUAUGAUGAAAGGUUGUUCUCCCCACACACCCUAUGACUCCAUUUUAGUUGAAGGUAAGAUGCUGAAGUGAAUUGGAACUGACAAAAGAAGGGGGAGCAUUUGUAAAUUGGAAAACUGUCCUGAUUUGUUGUUGGACUGUUUUGUGAGAGUAGCAUCCAACUUUGAUGUCAUCACCCCUGCCUUUAAUGAACGUUAAAAUGACCUUUGUCUUGAAUUUUAGAUAGAAGGUGAGCUGGGGUGUUAAGUACCUCAAUGGCUGUGUGAGUCUUUCACAAAUUUUAUAUGCUCAUUUGGUUUUCUGUAUUGGCCAUAUAAUUGAAAUGUAGCAGCUCUUGUACAGCUAGGUAGGACUUCCAUUUUCCAGUUCAUCUGUGUCACCCGCUGUUGUGUCUUACCUGUCAGCAUUCUGCAUGUGGCUGAGGAUGGAGAGGGAAAAGGCAGCAGCUGGUGUGUUACCAUCUUUGCACAGCACUGUUGAUGUGCUGCAGCACAUUUCAAAGAGAUGGUGCACCUCCUUGAAUGUGGCAGCUG